CUCUCAGCCACUCGUUUGGCACGUGACCAUUUCAUACAAAAAAAAACUCUUUUUUCUUUUUUCCACUGUAACUCCUUUCUCUUCCCAUAUCCUUUGAGCACGAAGGAGGAUUCUGCUGAAUCAAGGUUUUUCAAAGCUUGUUGCUUUUUCAGUUUAAUAUUCUUUUAUUUAUCGUUUUUUCCACUUUAUUAUUGUGUGUGGAUUUACGUUAUCCGAUUUGUUGAUCUUGUUGUUUUUUCCUGGAUUUUUUUCGUUGUGGAGCUGGCGAUGUGUGGAGCAAUCAGGGAGCUUGAUUUUGGGUCUGUGAUUCGAUUUUGUUUCUCCAGUCAUGUUUGAUUGGGAAGAAGAAGAGCUUACUAAUAUGAUAUGGGGUGAUGAUGCUGAGACAGGCGACCAUAUUGUGCCUUUUAAAGUCAGAAGUGAACAACUUAACAAAAAGGAACAGAUUGAGGAAUCUAAGACAGCUGAGCAAAAGAUAACUGGGACUAAAAUUGACCUCCAUGAUAAAAAUUUGGGGAGCAGUUCGAGCCAUAAUGUUGAUGAGGGGCUUCCUCAGCCAGAUUUCUGUAUGAGCUCAUGGCCUGACACGUCGCUAACUAAUGCUACAAAGGUUGAUCAAGAUUUGAGUGCGACUGAACUUUCAAAAUGCUUAGCUGAGCCAGUCAGAUAUGAUUCAACAAGAGGUGAGAAAACGUCUGAACUUGGGAAAGGCCCUGAUAUUUUUCAUAGCUCUGAUGAGAGUAAAGAGCAAGGUGAUUUUGAUGACUACAGCUGGGCCAACAUUGGUAGUUUUGAUGAUCUUGAUCGAAUGUUCAGGUAAAACGACUUCUCAUCCUCACUGUGCUAGGCGGUAACUUUUCAAUGACAUACUCCUUUUCUACCAUGUAUAAAAUGUGUUAUUUACUGACUUGAUUUCGUCUUAGAACUAUAAGAUACCAGAUGUGAAUAUGGUGGAAAGGUGUAAUAAUGAAAAAAAUACUAGCUCCUUAUUUCUUGUGUCCAAUUUGUUUCAUGCACAUUGGCCUCUAACACAAUAUCCUCACAAGUGAUGGUUUUGCAGCAAUGAUGUCCCUAUAUUUGGUGAUGGCAGUCUCAGCGGUGGUGAUGAGUUAUGGUCAUCUUCUAAAGAUGUAUCCAAUAGCCCAAAAUCAUUAUCAUCAAUGUUGGACUCUCAAGAUCUAGGAUUGGAUAUUAGAACUGAGUUUGAGCAACAAGAGAACCAGCAAUUUCCAUUGACUGGAAAAGCCAAUGGUCUGUCAUCCCAAAGUGUCCCAAGUGUACGUGUAACUCUUAAGGCUGACCAAUAUCGUGAGCAUAAGGGUCAACCCUCAGUUGAGGACCAGCCAUAUCAACAAAAUAAAAUGAUGAAGUUUUCGAAAAUGCCUGGGACUUCUGAGGCAAGGCCCUUUCAAGAGCUGUACGGUCAGAGGAUUCCAUUUAGUAAUUCAGCUGGAAAAUGUGUAAAUCAGUUGGCACCGCCACAAUCGUCUCUGAUGGCUGUUAAUCUCCUGAGUGAGUCUGAGGGGUCUGGGACAUCACACUAUUCACAUAUGCCAAACCAAUACAUGGCUAAUUCUGCUUUUGGUAAUCUUGCAAAUCCAUAUUCUAGUGUGCCUGUAAUUUCGGCCGUCCAACAUCCUGAUGUUAGGAAUCAGUUGAUGCAUCCUUCCUACAAUCCUGCUACUGCUACCUCAGUAAACAUGGCAACAGAUGCCUCUGCACGGCCUUCAACAAUGACACCACAGGAAAAACUAGAAAAACUUAGACGCAGACAGCAAAUGCAGGCAAUGCUUGCCAUUCAGAGACAACAGCAGCAAUUUUCUCAUCAGGUGCCUGUAGCAGAUCAAUCCAUUACUCAAAACUGUCUCCAAGAUAUUCCACUCCAGCUUGUCGACAAAACUAAUCUCCAAGGGCUAACUGCAAUGCCUUCCUUUGAUCCUAGUUCAUCUUUGGAACAAGAUGAUUCUGGCAAAUUUGCUGCUGCUGUUGAUAAUUCAGCAGAAUUCGCAGUUCUUUAUCGGCUUCAGGAUGUUGUAGCAAAGUUGGAUAUGGGAACACGGACUUGUAUACGGGAUAGCUUAUUCCGGUUGGCUGGUAGUGCAGCUCAGAGACAUUACACUAGUGAUACAUCCCACAGUAACAAGACUAGCCAGGAUGACCAGGAAGUCAUUCCCAGAGAAGAAUCCAGAUAUAGAUAUGCUGGGAUGCCAGAUACAGAAGCAGUGACCAACCCCACAGACAGAACUGUGGCUCAUUUGCUCUUUCAUAGGCCUUUUGAUAUGUUGGCGGCAAAGCGAAUGGAAGGACCAGAAUCACCCGCUUCUUCGAAGAUGGGAACUGAAGAAAAAGGGAAUUUUCCUAAAUGCAGCAUACGAGAGACUCACUUAACUAAGCAGAAAGCUCAAAAGGAAGAAGGACCUGCAGAUUCACUUGCUUUGGGGAAUGCACCCAACUCUGGAUCUAGUAGUACUGUUGGUGAGAGGGUUGUUGAAGCAUCCCAAGGAAACAAAAGAAAAUUGUGA